AUGCAUAGUGUCACAAAAUCUAAUGAAAAAGCUGAAUCUAUCAACUCAACAAUGCCUGCCAACAAUAAAGAAAGAUCAAUGAUGAGCAACCAAGGUCAUUCAUCAACAUAUCAAUAUUCUUUCCGAAUUGUCAUCAAAAAUGAGAUUUCAUCAUCAACAACAACAGCAUCUAAACCCGAUGGUAUUGAAAAGAAAAAGCUAAAGUCAAUCGUUAACAAGUAUUUGAUCGUCGACUGUUUAAAAGGUUUAAAAAUGUUGCCGAGUAACUCAAUACAAUGCAUUGUGACGUCGCCUCCAUAUAAUAAACUUGGUCUUCGAGAGGGUAGUUCAUACAGUGGACAAAUUGUCUAUGAUACGUAUGACGAUGAUAUGGACGAACAUGAAUAUAAACGGUGGCAAAUUGAUCUUUUAAACGAGAUCAAUCGUAUUCUUAAACCGAAUGGUUCUCUUUUUUACAAUCAUAAAGAUCGUCGUUAUCGUCAUCGGGAUUAUCCACCAGAAGAAUUUAUCAUACGGAGUGAUUUGAAUUUAUACCAAACAAUCAUUUGGGAUCGCAGUUGUACUGCAAAUCAAAAUGCAGCAUAUUUUCGGCCUAAUUCAGAAAAAAUAUUCUGGUUAACAAAAUCGUCUAGAUCAACUGUAACGGCUCCAACAUUUUAUCGUGAUCGUUUACCGGAAUGUUUUAAAAGCUCGAUUUGGCGAAUUCCGCCGGAUCGAAAAAAUAAACACCCGGCACCAUUUCCAGCACUACUUGCUGAAAUUUGUAUUUUAGCAACAACUGAUAAAGGAGAUCUUGUCCUGGACCCAUUUGCUGGAUCCGGUACAACGUUGAUCGCUGCAGCUAAUCUCAAACGAUCGUUCCUCGGAUUUGAUAUUAGUAAAAAAUAUCAAGCUAUGUUCAAACAUCGAUUGGCUACGUCAAAUUCUGAUAUAAAUAUGUGGAAAGAAUUUUAUGUGGUCGAAAAAAUCAUUGAUAAAAGACUUCGCAACGGACAUGUCGAAUAUCUUCUCAAAUGGAAAGGCUUUGAUCAUAAUCAAAACACUUGGGAGAACGAACGAAAUUUAGAUUGUUCAGAUUUGCUCAAACAAUUUGAAACGUCGUCAAAGAAAAACAAAAGAAAUACAUGUACCUCUUCGAAUGAAAGAUUUUCUACUAGGCUGCAUUUAAAUAAAUCACGUGUUCACAAAAUGAAGAAACAUCGUCUACUUCAUUGUACGAAGAAGAAAUCAGCAAAAUGA